ACCACGCCCCCUUCCCGGCCUCCCCCGCGCGGCCAAGAUGGCGGCCAAGAUGGCGGCGGCGCUGGUGCCGCUGCUGGUGGCGGCCGCGCUGGGCAGCGGCUGCCGGGGAGGGCUCGGGAUGAGGCCCUCGGAGCCGCGGGACACGGAGCCCUGCUCCCUGCCCCUGGAGCACUCCUUUGAACUGGACGAUGCCCCCCGCUUCCGCCGCCGGGGGACCCUGACCUGGAGCCCUGGGCCUGAGCCUGGGCUGAGCCUGGUGCAGAAGCAGCUGACGGAGGAGGAGCGGAACCAACUGCGGGAGGUGGCCGCCAGGGACGGGCUCUACCGCGUGCGCAUCCCCAGGCGGGCACUAGGACCUGGCGAGGACCCCGGGGGCUCCCACGUGACCUCCUUCGUGCGCGCGUGCGCGCUGCUGGAGUCCCACCUCUCAGACGAGCUCUCGGUGCACGUGGACGUGGCCGGGAACGUGGUGGCUCUGGCGCUGGUGGUGCCGGCACCGGGAUCCUGCCGCGGAGCUCCGGUGGAGGACAGGGAGCUGGAGAGCUUCAAUAGCAGCGUGGUGCUGAGGCAGCCGAUGCCCGCGGCCACCCCCGAGACAGCAGCAUUCAUCCGGCACCUGGAGCAGGAGCAGGCUCAGCGCGCCCGGAACCCGCAGGAGCAGCGCUCCUUCUUCGCCAAAUACUGGAUGUACAUCAUCCCCAUCGUCCUCUUCCUCAUGAUGUCCGGAGCCCCCGAUGCGGGGGGGGGACAAGGGGGAGCAACAGGGGGUGGGGGGGGCGGGGGGGGACGGUGA